AUGUUUUGGCGUCGGAACAGGCUGGACGUUUGCGGCGCGCACGCAGAGUGCGUAUGCGGUCUGUUGGUCGUGCUGCUAGCGCUGGUGGGGCUCUGCAGCGGCGCUACAGACCCCCAUGUUGCAAUGCGUGGCGUUGAAAGCAUCGUCGACGCAACGGACAGCGACGCUCAGUCUUCGGCGCUUCGUCAUGGGCGUAGGGCACUUCAGGCGCUGCAGGUCGCGACAACUUCGCAGAUCGGGUCGAACACCGCCCCGCUCCUGGCGCAACGCACGAUCGCAUUGCAGCUCGCGCAGCCCGGUGACGCAGUCGGGGGCGCCAUGGACGACCGCUUCCUCGCCAGCGCAUCCGGGACCCGCGACUGGGGCGAAGGGAGCGACUGGAUCGACCCUGCGCGAGACGUCACGACGAUUCAGGCCCUCCGCGACCUCCCACAGCGCUUCGGGAGCACCGUCCCGCUCGCGGCUGCGCAGAGCGCGCCGCCCGACGACGUCGAGAACGCUUUGCGCGUCCCGGGCCUUCUGAUUGCCGUGAACAACGGCAUCACGGGGCCGAGCGGCAUAGCGCCGUAUGUGCCGUCUGGCGGCAACGCGGAUUUCCUCCAGUUCGUGGGAUUCGAGCCCGGUGUGGGGGUCGUCUUUAAGUCGGCGGGGAGCGGGUCCUUAGGUGGCGGCCUCGAGGGCCUCGGCGGCGGCCUGGCGGGGAGUCUGGAGGGGGGCGCGUAUCAGGUGCAAGCAUUGCUGGGUCUUGACGGCGCGUACGUCCUGGCGCGGGGGGUUGGACGAGGUGACGGGGAGGUGGUUGGGGACGCGUGGUCCGACGAUGCGGGCGCCGACCUGGUCGGUCAGAUGCUCGGGCAGGGCGCGGGGGUCGUGUCGCUCCUGCCCGGCGGCGAGGUGCAGGUGUGGGGCGUCGGCUCUGGUGCCACGCUGUCUGCGACGCCCGCGACUGACGGUGGGUGGGAAGUCGUGAGGGACGCGGGACAGGGUCGGGCAGCGGUGAACGUGCGGUCGCUGUUCUUCGACGUGCUUCGGAGCGUGUUAGAGAGCUUUGAGUAA